UCCCUAGCUCCCGCCCCCGGCGCGUCUCCAGCGGGCGCAGAGCUCCGCAAGGCGCAGGGACGGCGGGGCUCUGCUUGCCAUGGCCCCGGGCCUGCGGGGCCUCCCGCGGCGCGGCCUCUGGCUGCUGCUGGCUCAUCAUCUCUUCAUGGUCACUGCCUGCCGGGACCCUGACUAUGGUACUCUCAUCCAGGAGCUGUGUCUCAGCCGCUUCAAAGAGGACAUGGAGACCAUCGGGAAGACUCUGUGGUGUGACUGGGGAAAGACCAUAGGGAGCUAUGGGGAGCUCACUCACUGCACCAAGCUCGUGGCAAACAAGAUUGGCUGUUUCUGGCCCAAUCCAGAAGUGGACAAGUUCUUCAUUGCUGUCCACCACCGCUACUUCAGCAAGUGCCCGGUCUCCGGCAGGGCCCUGCGGGACCCUCCCAACAGCAUCCUCUGCCCUUUCAUUGUGCUCCCCAUUACGGUCACACUGCUCGUGACUGCCCUGGUGGUCUGGAGGAGCAAGCGCACAGAGGGCAUCGUGUAGGUGUCCCAGGUGAUAGGGGAUUGGGGAACCAUGGGCCUGGCCCAGCAACAGCAUCAGGGACAGACCCCGCAUUGCAUCCUGCCUAGUUAGCACAGGAUUUGAAAGCAGCUCUGCAUUACACUGAACCUGGCCCAGCCAGAGGCUUCUAGCAGGGGAGCAGGGCCUGGCUCUGUUUACCUCUGAAAGCGCGCUAAGCGCCAGGUCUCUGGUAUACUUCAUCACCACUGUGGGCAUUCCGACCUCUGAGGAAGACUGCACAGAUGUGUUUGUGGAUGCAUAUUGUGAUUAAACGAGUGUUCUUAAACUUGG